AUGUCCCAACCAACGACUGCCAUACUGCUCCAGCUCCCCGACGAGCUCGAUCUGCAUUAUGCAGGUUACCUCAAUAAGCCAUCCCUAAUUCGACUCAGCCAGACUUGCAAGGCCCUGAGGGCUAAAUUUCAGGAUGAGGCAAAGAAGAUCAUCAAGCACGUCAGAGCGGAUGCCUUAACGUACGACCACUACUGGCGCGGGGUCAGGGUCCCCAAGGACCAUCCCGCCAUCCUUGCGCAUUCCCAACAUUGCCCGCAGCGACUGGAACACUCGCUGAAAGAGGGGAAGGGCGAGGAGAUCCGACGUUUUCUGGAAGCCGGGCUUAUGCCAACCGUUCGGACGCGCUUCUAUUACGACGAGCCUCUGCUGCACUCGUUCAUGCUCUACCGAAAAUUCUUCCAGGAUGACAUCACCAUUCUGCGCCUUUUGCUCGAGAACGGCGCCCAGCCCAACGCCAUGGGUCUUGCUGGUCGCACCGCGCUGGAUGCUGGGCUGACUCUAAAUCCGAGCCCCUUCUAUACGGAAUGGCUAGAGCUAACUCUUGCGUAUGGUGGGGUUGCAAGGAACUAUAAGGUGCUUGCGAUGUUAUACAAGGCGGGGAGUGUCCAUGGAAGAGGAGAUCGUGAUAAUGACGGCAAUGGUAGUAGAAAUGGCUCGAGGCUAGUCCGUAAGGUGAUCGCCAACGGUAUGGAUGUGGUCCGCGAGGUGCAUGGCUUCGGGAAUCUUCUGCUAGACGAUGGUUGGUCAUGGCCCACGCGUCUGGUAUUCAGCACCGAACAGGUGUGCGAUCUGGUAGGCCUCGUGCCCGAGCUUCUGGAUCUGGACGAUAACACGGGUUAUACCGCGACGGACUAUAUAAUGAAGUACCGGCCCGCGGUUGCGCGGUCUCUAGAACAGACCAAACACCCUCGCUUUGGGGAAGUGCGAGACACGUGGAUCACUAGGCAAGGAGGCAAGCGCUAUUGUCAAAUUCUCAACGCGCCGGGGCUGUGGGAGUACUUGGUGAGCCUGGAAGCCAUAGAGCCUGAUCUUCAGAGUCUGCAGGAGGAAGCGGUGCAAUUGUCGUUUGAUUAUAUCAUGGAGUACAAGCCAGCGGUCGCGCUUUACAUGGAGGUGAUCAAUCAUCCUCGGAUUGACGACCUGGCCAACACAUGGAUCAUGGAGCGAGGGCGUGAGAUCUAUCAGGAGGCGCUCGACCGCCAUCCUUCUUCGACGGACGACCUUCAUAUAGUUUAUGUUCGCAGAUAG